AUGCUCCACUGGCUGGUUGGGUUGAACCAAAAGGGGUAUGUUGGGAUUAUUAAGGAGCAUGUUAAAGGCAUUUUAAGUGCACUUAACGAGGAUGUCUCACAGCCUCCAGAUGCCCUCGAGGUCACCGGGGAUCCCACUCAGCUGACCGCUUCCCAUGUAUCCAACACCCUGACCGAGGCGUCCCUCUACUCGGCAAACGUUCUCCACAGGCUCAAGCACAAAGACAUUUCGACAGCCGAUACAAUGCCUGACUUCAGCUCAGAAUAUUCCAAGCUUUGUUAUUCCUCGGACCCCGCCCGCCUCCUCUGCCAGCUGCGGGACUACGUCUACGCCUGCUGCCACCAGUUGGAGUUCCUAAAGGCGCAGUGUUCUAGGAAGGCAUCUGAGGGUGGAUGGCAGGAUUGUGAAUAUGGCCAAGAUGCCAAGACUCCGUCCCCCCUCCAGGCCUUCCUGACUGACGCCUCGGAUUCCAAGUUCAAGACUCAUCCCUUCGACCCCCGCAACAUCUGCCUCAAGAGCCGUGUCAACAUGGGAUUCAAGAGGGAGGAUUUGCCUGCAUCUCAGCAAACUGGCAACAUACUCAACGACAUCCUCACUCCCACCUGCGGCGGCGAUGAUCCCCUGCUGAGAUUGGCCUCCUACCUCACCUGCCUCACCAGGCGGACGCCGCGCACCACCGGGGAGCUUGUCUCGUUCUUCCACAACUUCGGGAAUGAGCUGCAUUCAUCAUCUUCACAGUUGUCCACGCUAGGAUCCGCCCUCUCCGAGCCACAUCCUCAUUACCCCGACUGGGACCGUCUCAAAGACGCCGACGAUCUGCAAACCAUCAAGUACGCCCGAGGCUCCGCCACUCCCAACUCCAUCCACCGCGACAAUGAUCAUCCCAAUACCCUGUCCACGCUGCUUGGCUGCGGCAUCGAUGAUUCCAAGUGCUCACAACUCAUGAAGCCCAUCACCUACCGGGCCUACGCCGUAUACUCCCCGAGCUUCGCCCACCACUACCUCAGCUGGGCGGUGUACCUGGCAGACAGACUGUGGGACUCACUGCUCAAGCUUCACUAUGAUCUCGAGAACCUUCAAUGUCACGACUCCAAGUCCAAGCCCCUCCACCAGUGUACCAAGGCCCUGCCGCUGCUCUACUCUCACGGCAUCACGCCGCCAGACGGGACAGUGCAGUCCUCACUCACGUGUUCGGCUGCCGUCACCAAGCUUAAGGAUGUGGUCGCCGGAAAGCCUAUCGCAAGCCUCAUUACCGCCAUGGACACAUUCCUCUACUGCAUCCGUGCCCCUUCCUCUACACUGCACUCACACUCUGGCUCACCGCCACGCUCUACAUCCUCCACUCACUCCUGUACCGGAUGGACGUCCUCCGCAUCCGCUCACACCUCCUCACGUUCAGGAUCUCACCUCAUCGACGUCAAGGCGCUGCUCGCCGGCAGCCGCAAGAUGCUCUCGCUCUACAAGGACGUCGACUACUUCGACGAUGACUUUCACUCAUAA